GUAGUUUCUAAAAGUCAUGUAACUGUAUUUGCGAAAUACAUGUUGAUGUUUUUUUUUUUAAUUAUUACGCAGUCCUAAUUUUACAAAAUGGCCGAUGUUCAAAGACCUCCAGAUGGUGGGGAUGUACCCCUUACCGCCUCAGCAGGCAUUUAUAUGGAUGAAGAUAUUUAUGGUGGAACCAAGUCUAAAUAUGAAGGAUACGUUACCUCCAUAGCGGCAAACGAUGAAGCUGAUGUUGAUGAUGAGGAUUAUGAUGCCACAAGUUUAAUGAACAGUAAGAAGAGUGGUUUUACUGCACCAGUUGCAUUUUUACAGGAAUUAAGAGGAGACAGAGAUUAUGAUCCCUUUGGUGAACACAAAAAAGGUCAGCGUGUUGCUGAUAAAGAAGAUGAAUACCGUGCUCAGAGGAGGAAAUUUAUGAUCUCACCUGAAAGAUCAGAUCCUUUUGCUGACGGUGGGAAGACUCCUGAUGCGCAAUCUAGAACCUACCAAGUUAUUAUGAGAGAGCAAGCUCUCAACAAAGAUCAGGUGGAAUUAAGAAAGAAAAUUUCAGAAAAAUCAAAGUCUGGAGAGCUUAAGUCUGUUCAAAAUGGUGAUGUUUCUGCAAAACCAGCAAAACGUAGAAGAUGGGAUCAAACUGUUGGUGAGGAAACACCAUCCUCAACUCCUUCAUCCAAGAAAAAAGCUACGAGUUGGGAUGCUGCAGAAUCACAUACACCGUCUAACAGCCGAUGGGAUGAAACUCCGGGAAGAAUUCCCAAAGGGUCAGAAACACCUGGAGCUACACCAGGACAAAGUACUAGGCUAUGGGAUGCCACCCCUGCACACGCCACUCCUGGUGCUGCCACUCCAGGCCACGACACUCCUGGUCAUAGAGGUACACCCAGUGCUCGUCGAAACAGAUGGGAUGAGACACCAAAGACAGACAGAGAAACCCCUGCUCAUGGAAGUGGUUGGGCAGAAACUCCUCGCACUGACAGAACAGGAACUGACCUCAUUCAAGAAACUCCCACACCCAGUGCCAGCAAACGUAGGUCACGUUGGGAUGAAACUCCUUCUUCACAGUUGGGCAAUCAAACUCCACAGACACCCUCCAUGAUGACUCCUAUGACACCCAUGACCCCUAUGACUCCCAUUACACCAAGUGGUAUCACACCUACUGGUAGUAAAGCUAUGGGCAUGGCAACACCUACACCAGGACAUAUAAUGGCAAUGACACCUGAACAGUUACAAGCUUACAGGUGGGAGAGAGAAAUAGAUGAACGAAACAGACCUUUAACCGAUGAUGAGCUGGAAACAAUGUUUCCUCCUGGGUACAAAGUUCUUCAACCACCAGCUGGCUAUGUACCCAUUCGCACACCCGCACGUAAACUGACCUCUACGCCCACACCCCUUGGGGGUCAGUCUGGAUUCUUUUUCCAGAAAGAAGAUCCAGUGAAAAUGAUGGACACACAACCAAAAGGAAAUUUGCCUCCUCUGAAACCAGAAGAUAUACAGUACUUUGAUAAACUUUUGGCUGAUGUAGAUGAAGAAUCUCUGAGCCCUGAUGAACAAAAAGAGCGCAAAAUUAUGAAACUACUCUUGAAGAUUAAGAAUGGCACUCCACCCAUGAGGAAAGCAGCCCUCCGACAGAUUACGGACAAGGCCAGAGAAUUUGGUGCAGGCCCUCUAUUCAAUCAAAUACUUCCACUUCUUAUGUCACCGACCUUGGAGGAUCAAGAGCGCCAUCUUCUGGUGAAAGUCAUAGACAGAAUUCUGUACAAAUUGGAUGAUUUAGUGAGACCCUAUGUACACAAGAUACUUGUAGUUAUUGAGCCUCUGUUGAUUGAUGAAGAUUAUUAUGCUCGUGUUGAAGGAAGAGAAAUUAUUUCUAAUUUAGCCAAGGCUGCUGGAUUAGCUACAAUGAUUUCCACAAUGAGGCCAGAUAUAGACAACAUAGAUGAGUAUGUUAGAAACACAACUGCCAGAGCUUUUGCUGUAGUAGCUUCUGCUCUAGGUAUACCUGCACUUUUACCCUUCUUGAAAGCUGUAUGUCGCAGUAAGAAGUCAUGGCAAGCCAGGCAUACUGGUAUUAAAAUUGUACAACAGAUAGCCAUUCUAAUGGGUUGCGCUAUUCUACCACAUCUGAGAAAUCUUGUAGAAAUUAUUGAACAUGGUUUGGUUGAUGAACAACAAAAAGUACGAACUAUUACUGCGUUGGCGCUGGCCGCUUUGGCUGAAGCAGCUACCCCAUAUGGUAUUGAGUCCUUUGAUAGUGUGUUGAAACCUUUAUGGAAAGGUAUCCGAACUCAUCGUGGUAAAGGUUUAGCUGCUUUUUUGAAAGCUAUUGGUUACCUGAUACCUCUUAUGGAUGCAGAAUAUGCUAAUUACUAUACCAGAGAAGUGAUGUUGAUUCUUAUUCGAGAAUUUCAAUCUCCUGAUGAAGAAAUGAAAAAAAUUGUGUUAAAAGUAGUAAAACAGUGUUGUGCAACUGAUGGUGUAGAGCCACAAUACAUUAAAGAAGACGUGUUACCUCAUUUCUUUAAACACUUUUGGAACCAUCGAAUGGCUCUGGAUAGGAGAAAUUAUCGACAGUUGGUCGAUACAACUGUUGAGAUAGCAAAUAAAGUGGGCGCAGCUGAAAUAAUCCACAGAAUAGUUGACGAUUUGAAGGAUGAGAAUGAGCAAUAUCGUAAGAUGGUGAUGGAGACCAUUGAAAAGAUCAUGGCUAACUUGGGUGCUGCAGAUAUAGAUUCAAGGUUAGAAGAACAGCUCAUUGAUGGCAUUCUGUAUGCAUUCCAAGAACAAACAACUGAGGAUAUGGUAAUGUUGAAUGGCUUUGGCACUAUUGUGAAUGCCCUUGGCAAGCGGGUGAAACCCUAUCUCCCUCAAAUUUGUGGUACCAUUCUAUGGAGGUUGAAUAACAAGUCUGCCAAAGUGCGACAGCAGGCUGCUGAUCUCAUUUCAAGGAUAGCAGUUGUGAUGAAAACAUGCCAAGAAGAAAAACUAAUGGGACAUUUAGGUGUUGUGUUAUAUGAAUAUUUGGGUGAAGAAUAUCCAGAAGUAUUGGGUUCUAUUCUUGGAGCUCUGAAAGCAAUUGUCAAUGUAAUUGGAAUGCACAAGAUGACUCCUCCUAUCAAAGAUCUUUUACCAAGAUUGACCCCUAUCCUUAAGAACAGACAUGAAAAAGUACAAGAGAAUUGCAUUGAUUUAGUGGGUAGGAUAGCAGAUAGAGGAGCUGAGUAUGUCUCAGCUAAAGAAUGGAUGAGAAUAUGUUUUGAGCUGCUGGAACUACUAAAAGCACACAAGAAAGCUAUCAGACGAGCUACAGUCAACACAUUUGGUUAUAUUGCCAAGGCUAUUGGUCCUCAUGAUGUACUUGCAACUCUAUUGAACAACUUAAGAGUGCAAGAGCGUCAAAACAGGGUGUGUACCACAGUUGCCAUUGCUAUUGUCGCAGAAACAUGCUCUCCAUUCACCGUCCUCCCUGCCUUGAUGAAUGAAUAUAGAGUGCCUGAAUUGAAUGUUCAGAAUGGUGUUCUCAAAUCCCUUUCCUUCUUAUUUGAAUACAUUGGAGAAAUGGGGAAGGAUUACAUUUAUGCUGUUACCCCUCUCCUUGAAGAUGCACUAAUGGACAGAGACUUGGUCCAUAGACAGACUGCAUGUGCUGCAAUUCAACAUAUGGCAUUAGGUGUGUAUGGAUUUGGUUGUGAAGAUGCCCUUGUUCACCUUUUAAAUUAUGUUUGGCCAAACAUCUUUGAAACCUCACCUCAUUUAGUACAAGCUUUUAUGGGUGCUGUUGAAGGCCUCCGAGUUGCAUUGGGUCCAAUUAAAAUACUGCAGUACUGUUUACAGGGUCUUUUCCAUCCAGCAAGAAAAGUUAGAGAUGUGUACUGGAAAAUUUACAACACGUUAUACAUUGGUGGCCAGGACUCUUUGGUGGCUGGAUAUCCCAGAAUUCCGGAUGACACUAGAAACAAAUACACACGUCAUGAACUGGACAUGGUCCUGUAAAUUAUUCAUAUGUGUUUCCAUAAACUGUAAAUCAAUAAUUUGUUUAUAGAAUAGAACUAUUAUCUCUGAUACUUUAUAAUAAAGUCUUUUCUUUUUAAAA